AUGGCCUCUCCCCAGCAAAUUCGUACUCCUCUCACCGAUCUUCUCCGGAUCAACCACCCGGUCCUUUUGGCGGGUAUGAACGUUGCUGCCGGUCCCAAGCUCGCCGCGGCCGUCACAAACGCUGGUGGCAUGGGUGUGAUUGGUGGUGUCGGUUAUACUCCACAGAUGCUCCGAGAACAGGUACAGGAAUUGAAAAGCUAUCUAAACGAUAAGAAUGCUCCUUUUGGUGUCGAUCUCCUGCUUCCCCAAGUUGGAGGUAGCGCCCGCAAGACGAACUAUGAUUACACAAAGGGAAAGCUUGACGAAUUGAUCUCAAUCAUCAUCGAGAGCGGUGCCAAACUUUUUGUCUCCGCCGUCGGUGUCCCUCCAAAACACGUCGUUGAACGCCUCCACAAGGCUGGAAUUCUUUACAUGAACAUGAUCGGUCAUCCAAAGCACGUUCAAAAGUGUUUGGAUGUUGGCGUUGAUAUUAUUUGCGCUCAAGGUGGCGAGGGCGGUGGCCACACUGGAGAUACUCCUACGUCUAUUCUCAUCCCAACUGUUGCCAAACUUGUCCAGGGUCACAAGAGUCCUAUGAACGGCCUGCCCGUCCAGGUUGUUGCUGCUGGCGGUAUCUUCAAUGGCCAAACUGUGGCUUCAGCCCUUAUGCUCGGUGCUUCCGGUGUCUGGGUUGGCACCCGAUUUGUCCUCUCUGAAGAAGCUGGUGCUCCACACGCUCACCAAGAAGCUGUCAGAACUGCUGGCUUCGAUGACAAUAUCCGAACCAUUAUUUUCACUGGACGACCAAUGCGCGUGCGUAAGAACGCAUACAUCGAGAACUGGGAAGAAAACCGUGCUCAAGAGAUGAAAGACCUCACCAGCAAAGGUGUCAUUCCUGUUGAGCAUGAUUUCGAAAACCUCGGUGACGAUGUCGACGAUGACACCCUUGACAAUGCUCGUCCACAUUUGAUGGGCAAGGCUGCUGCUGUUGUCAAUGAGAAGAAAUCCGCCAAGGCAAUUGUUGAUGAGCUUGUCGGUGAUGCCGUUGCCUGGAUCAGGAAAGGCAACACCAUGAUCGCCAAAUUGUAA